AUGGUGUCCUACUCAAUUUUAUCUGUUUUGGCUCUUGCGUCAGUUGCAGUCGCUGGUGAUACCCCAAUUCAAUCUGACUCAGCUGAUCAACCAUCUUUGCAAGCAAAAUUUGAAAAGACAGACAAAUCUGAUAUCACUGGAACAAUUACUUUUGAGCCAGCAAACAAUGGUUCGGUUUUGGUUAAGGUUGAUGUUGAAGGAUUGCCAUCAUCAGGAGGCCCAUUCCCUUACCACAUCCACGAGCUUCCAGUUCCAACUGAUGGAAACUGUACCGGAACUAAGAUGCAUUUGAACCCAUAUGGUGGAAAUGAAAAUGCUACUACUCCACAAGGUAAAGAAGCUGGUGACUUGUCAGGAAGACACGGUAAGAUUCAAGGUCAACUGUUAUCAACCGAAUAUGUUGACAACUACAUUUCCUUAAACCCGGACUCCAAAACCUACUUUGGUGAUUUGUCUGUCGUUAUCCACUUUGCUAACACCAGUAGAAUCACUUGUUCAAACUUGACUAAAUUGGAAACCAACGAAGGCGGCUCCAACGAAACAUCUUCAAGCGCAGGUGUUUCUACUGCUAAUGGUGCUGGAAAGAUGCAAGCCGGUGGAUUACUUGCUGGUGCUCUUGCUGGUGCAGUUGCAUUGUUGAUCUAA